AUGUCUAGAAGAGAACAGAAAAGUGCUAAAAUUGAAGAAAAUCGUCGUUUCAAACAGAUUCAAAAUGAUCAACGAUCGAAUAAAAAUCACUCAAAAAUUGACGAUCAUCGAUCUUUAGAUGUACCAUUAUUAUCUAAUAAUCAAUCAUAUUUAAAUGAAUUUGAAUGGUUAAGAAUUCGAUUAAUUCAAGAUUAUUUUACAGAAGCUGUAAAAUUAAAUGAAAUAACUGGUAUAUCAUCUUAUCCUUCAACACAAUCAAUUAAAUCAACAUUAGAAUUAUUUCAUAUGCCAAUUCAUAUAACAUCAAUGCGUCUUAUUAGUUAUAUAAAACAAAUCAAUGAAUUCCAACAACUAAAACCAGAAGAUCAAGCUUAUUUAAUUAAAUUAAAUUUAUUAACACUUUGUUUUUUUCAUUUAAUAUUUACUUAUGAUCCAAGAACAGAUCUUUAUUAUGAACCAAAUACAAAAGAUCCACAUUUUUCUGGCAAAGAUUGGAACAAAACAUUAAAUAAACAAUUUCAUAUUGAAAUGAAACAACUACGAAAUGAUAUCAUUGAUAUAUUUCAACUAGAUGAUAUUAUUAUAAAAUUAUUUCUUUUAAUUUUCAUUUUUUCAAAUCAAAUCACAUUAAAUCAAUCAUCUGAAUGUGUAUUAA